AUGAAAGUUUGGCGACCGGGAGCGUCGGCGCCCGAAGAAGCAGUGUUGCUUGACGCCGGAUCGGGCGAGAAAAUCACCUCUUUCAAUCCGAACAGCAACUUGUCGCUAACGCAGCAGAGACAGAGGCUGCCCAUUUUUCAGUGGAGAAAUCACAUCCUUUGGGCCGUCGAGAACUUUCAAACGCUCGUUUUGGUUGGAGAAACUGGAUGCGGAAAGUCAACCCAGAUUCCACAGUAUCUCCACGAAGCAGGCUGGACUAGCCGCGGCUACCAAGUCUGCGUCACUCAACCUCGUCGAGUCGCUGCUGUAACCCUGGCAACCCGCGUCGCCGAUGAGAAAGGAGCCAUGAUCGGAACCAGCAUCGGCUACGCAGUCCGCUUCGAUUCGAAGCAAGACGAAGAACAGACGCGUGUGAAAUUCGUCACCGACGGCGUCUUGCUCCAAGAAAUGACCUCCGAUCCUCUUUUGCGGCGCUACUCGGUGAUCAUGAUCGACGAGGCGCAUGAGAGAAGCCUGCAGACAGACAUGUGUCUCGGACUUUUGAAGAAGAUUCAGAAAGUGAGGCCGGAUUUGAGGAUUAUUGUUGCUUCGGCGACGCUUGAUGCAGAGUUCUUCAGAGAUUUCUUCAAUCACAAUCUGACCGGCAAUGCAGAACAAGACACCUCGACAAUUAUCCAUCUGGAAGGCCGAACUUAUCCAGUGGACAUAUUCUACUUGGAAAAACCCUGUCCCGACUACAUGAAAGAAUCGCUCGAAACAGUUUUGAAGAUCCACCGCGACAACAAGCCUGGCGACAUUUUAGUUUUCGUGACUUCGGCGGAGGACUGCGAUAGUCUUUGCGACAACUUGAGAGACGAAGUCGGAAAGGUGAUUUUGAAAGCGCAGGGAAUUGGUGUUCCGCUGAUGAAGAUGAAGGCAUUGCCGCUUUAUGGAUCGCUGCCGGUCAUAGACCAAAUGAGGGUUUUUGAAAGUCUGCCGAGGAACACCAGAAAAGUUAUAGUUUCUACGAACAUCGCCGAAACCUCGUUAACUCUUCCUGGCAUCGUGCACGUGAUCGACGCAGGCUUCGUUAAGAUUUCCGCUUACAACCCAAAAAACGGGCUCGAUUCAACUACGACAGUUCCAGUUUCUCAAGCAGCCGCAAAUCAACGCGCCGGUCGAGCCGGUCGAGUCCGCUCUGGCUCUUGCUACCGACUUUACACUCAGCAAGACUACGACAAGUUGAUGGAAGCAACUGUUCCAGAAAUGCGGCGAUCGGAAUUGACGAGCACGAUUUUGCGAUUGAAGCAGUUGGGAAUCAGCAACGUCGUCAGAUUCGACUUUCCCUCGCCGCCGCCAGCUCAGGCGCUUUCCAGGUCGCUGGAACUGCUCUUCGCUUUAGGAGCUUUGGACGAAGAAUGCGAGUUGACAGAAAAGAUCGGUGAGCGAAUCGCGGAACUGCCGCUUCAUCCCUUUUUCGCGAAAAUGCUUUUGGCCUCGAUCGAGUACGAGUGCGUGCGCGAGAUUCUGACGAUGGUGGCUCUGCUGAGCGUGAGAACGAUCUUCCAGAUUCCGCCGGGGAGAAGACAGGAAGCUUCGAGGGAGCACAGAAGAUUCCAAGUCGAAGAGGGAGAUCACAUUUCGAUGCUGAAUGCGUUCGAGACUUUCGAAGAGUGCGAAAGAGACAGAAAAUUUACUAACAAGCGCUUUUUGAAUCACAGAGCUCUCGUCCGCGUCGGUCAAAUUCGAACGCAGCUUUCUAAGUUUCUUAAAAGAUGGAAAAUCGAAGAAACCUCAGCUAGGGAAAAUGUUUUUCCUGUUUUGAAGGCGAUAACGGCCGGUUUGUUUCCGAAUGCGGCGAUUCUGAGGGGAGAUGGGCUUUAUGAGACUGUCAGAGACGCUGUCGUUCUUCAGCUGCACCCCGAUUCCGCGCUGGCAGACAUGAAAAAGCCCCCGAAAUGCGUUUUGUACACAGAAGUGACGCAAGGAAAAUACAUGCGCGAAGUUUCAGUAAUUCAGCAAGAAUGGUUGACCGAGAUCGCCGGCCACUACUACCAAAACAAUAUGGAAGAAUGA